GCUGCGUCACUUAACUACUGCAACAACUACUACUUCAAUUCAAUCCAAAAAGAACAGCAGGAAACAAAAGAAACAUUAAGAAAAAGAAAAAGAAUAAUGGCGGCGAUCUCGUGUCACUGUGCAGUUCCAUCAAACAAACUCUCUCUCUCCUCUUCCUUCUCUUCCUCUGCUUUUACCAGUAAUCUUCUCUCGCGUCAUGCUCGGUUAUCUACUGUAACGGCGUCGUCUCAGGCGAUUAUUCGUGGAAGAAUCUCGUGCCAGACCUCCUCUGCUACUUCUUCACCUUCUUCUUCCGUUAACGGUAAAGCGAAAACAGAACUGAAGGAUUUUGUUCACAUUAGUGAUUUUGAUAAAGCCACUAUUAUGAAGAUCUUGGACAGGGCUGCAGAGGUUAAGGCACUGUUAAAAUCUGGAGACAGGUCAUUCCUCCCAUUUAAAGGAAAGACAAUGGCAAUGAUCUUUGCAAAGCCUUCUAUGAGAACACGGGUUUCAUUUGAGACUGGAUUUUUCUUGCUUGGAGGCCAUGCUAUAUAUUUAGGACCUGAUGAUAUCCAGAUGGGAAAACGCGAAGAAACUUGUGACGUUGCUCGUGUUUUGUCUCGCUAUAAUGAUAUGAUCAUGGCACGUGUUUUUUCCCAUCAGGAUAUUCUUGAUCUGGCAAAGUAUGCAACUGUACCUGUUGUUAAUGGCCUGACUGACUACAACCAUCCUUGCCAAAUAAUGGCUGAUGCCCUCACAAUAAUUGAACACAUUGGUCAGUUGGAGGGAACGAAGGUGGUAUAUGUUGGGGAUGGCAACAACAUUGUCCAUUCAUGGUUGUUACUGGCAUCUGUUAUUCCUUUCCACUUCAUUUGUGUGUGCCCUAAAGGUUUUGAACCAGAUGCAGAAACUGUUAAGAAGGCUCAGGAGGCAGGAAUUAGCAAGAUUGAGAUUACAAACGAUCCAAAGGAAGCUGUUAGAGGAGCUGAUGUUGUAUACUCAGAUGUGUGGGCGAGUAUGGGGCAAAAAGAAGAGGCUGCACACCGCCGUAAAGCAUUUCAAGGAUUUCAGGUUGAUGAAGAUCUUAUGAAAUUAGCCGGCCCAAAAGCUUACUUUAUGCAUUGUUUACCAGCAGAGAGGGGUGUAGAGGUAACAGACGGUGUCAUUGAAGCUCCAAACUCUAUUGUCUUCCCACAAGCUGAGAACCGCAUGCAUGCACAGAACGCUAUAAUGCUUCAUGUGCUUGGUCUGUGAUCUCACUACACCAAUGCCUGGCCUGAUGGGCAAGCACACCAGUGUUUAGGUUACUAAAGUCAGCUGUUUCAAAAAUGUUUUGGCAAUUUUAUUUUUAGCUGGAUUAGAUGUUGAAUUUUGUGACUUUAGCCCGUUUCACUGAGUUAUCAUCAGUUGUUAAGGUAAGAACUCAAUUUUCGUGGUUUGAAUUCAAGCGUUAUAACUA